GAAAUGCAAAAUAUUUUUUAAGGCACACAAAAUAUGUUGUUGUAAACUCGUGAUGAUACAUGCAAUGUAAAAGUACCAGCUUUGGGUAUAAUUUACAGUAUUUGUUCUCAAACUUAAAUCUGGCAAUAUGUUUGACGCCAACUAUGGGUCCUGAAUGAAGACACACUGUUUUUUUCUUUCAAGGUUUCUGAAAUUUGGUUUGAAACUCAAUGAAAGAAUGCCUCCAAAAAAUAAGCAGAAGAAAGUGAUACAUCAAGAUGAACUGCGACGGUUAAUGAGAGAGAAACAAAGGCAAACGAUAGAUAAGACGCGUGUCGGAUCCCCAUAUGCCAAGUACAACAGUCUCGAUCACCUCAGCUGCGUACUCUGCAACGAGCGAGUAAAGAAUGAACUAUUGUGGCAGACUCACAUUCUUGGAAAACAGCACAAGGAGAAACUUUCCGAGCUCAAGGGGUCUAAACAAAGUUCUACAAGUCAAGGACCCCAGCCUCUGCUUAAAAGGAAAGCUUCUGAAGACACGAAUGGGAAGAAGUUUAAACCAGUGGCAGUUACAGAGCAGUUGUCUACGCCAGGGCUACCUGAUGAUUUCUUUGCUAAACCUGCCCCGCCGGGGCCGAAGAAACUACCAGGAAUAUUGAAAAAAACGACAUCUGCUGGGCUGAGUCUUUUGGCCGGAGUCGAUGAUGAAGACAGUGAUGAAGAGGAGGCUGGUGACCAGGGGGCAGAUUCUUGCUUGGGUGUGCAGAAGGGGGCACCUGCCUCAGGACUCCCAUCUGAUUUCCGCGACAACAGCACCAUUCCAGCUGUCCCAGCUGCUUCUCAUUCAGGGUCUAUCCUCAAACCAGAUGAAACUGAGAAGUGUGUGGAGAAGAAGGGAAAUACACCUGAAGCGCUACCAGAGGGCUUCUUUGACGACCCAGUGAGAGAUGCCAAAGUCCGUAAUGUCGAUGCUCCCAAAGAUCAAAUGGAUAAGGAGUGGGAAGAGUUCCAAAAGGAAAUGCGGCAGGUGAACACCAAAUCAGAGGCCAUUGUAGCCGAGGAUGACGAGGAGGGUCGUCUUGAGCGUCAGAUUGAUGAAAUCAAUGAGCAAAUUGAAUGUUACCGGAGGGUUGAGGAAUUGAGAGAUAAGCAAGAUGUGGUGAAGGUUGUGAAGGAGAAAACAGAAGACCAGGAAGACUCCAGCAGAAGUGAUGAGGAUGAAGAAGAGCUGCUCCACUUGUUGUCAAGGGAUUGGAGGGCCAAAGGGGCCCUUGCUUAAAAUUCCCAGGGCAUUUUGACCCUAACUUGAUCAAAAGGUUUCUCCAGAUUAUAAAUAAAAGAGCAAAGUUGCAUAGGAAGCCACUUCUUUCCUCCCUCCAUGUCAAUGACAAACAUUUGUUGAGGAUAUUGAAUGUCUAUAUAACAUGCUUUUGUGGUAAACACUGUUUUUCUACUGUCAGACUGUCGCACACUUGCGGAAAUACUGUACUAACAGGAUUCAUUAAAAAAAUGAACAGGA